AUGAUUGGCGCACCGCGAAUCCUCAUGCAAUUGGUGGUGCUGAUCACAAAUUUCAACGGUGUUAUGCCUAUGGAUUUGCACCUAUGUGAGUUUUUUGCUGGAUGCAUGGCGGUCACCGGGGUUUGGACUCGGGCUGGCUACCGCGCAGCUCCGUUUGAGAUCCUGCUCGACAGUUCUUGGAUGGAUAUAUUAACUCCUCAGGGGUUCUGCUUGGCUAUAUGCAUGGCACUACGUAUGCGGCGUGAGGCAUUUGCAAUGCUCGCCACAGUCUGCUCGUCAUGGGUCUUUGUCAGUCGUUCGUCGAGCCAUGGCACGCGUGUGAUGUUCCAGGUGUCAGCAUCAAACCAAAAGAGUAGAUCUAGCUUUAAGGAAAUGGUUGCCAAGAUGACGCUUAUCCUGUACAUCUUGGAAUCCCGUCGAUGCUACUGGUGCUAUGAACAGCCUUCUUCAAGCAUGUUGUGGUCACAUCCACGCAUGCAGGCCUUUUUCAAGAAGGUCACAUGCUUCAAAGCGUUCACUUACAUGGGAGCGUAUGGGGCAUCAACUCCCAAACCCACUCAUUUGGUUGCUUCGCGGGCAUCUGUGUGGAAAUUUUGCAGGACCCUUCCCGAGAAAGAAUGGGGGGAGCUUGUGACUAAGAAAACAAUGCCAGAUGGCCGUGUUUCUGUUACAGGGUCAAGUGCUAUGAAAGGUAGUCAGGCCUACACCGAGGCCUUUGGCCUAGCCACUUUGGCCACAUGGUUGGAUGAAAGCGAUGAUCCAGAACCGGAUCUCACUGGCAUCAAAAUUCCCUCUGUGUGGGCACCUCUCACAAAAGACGAGAGGUGGGAGGAUGCAAAAGUGCAUGAAUGUAUGCAAUACCUCUCUGGUCUUUAG